AUGACUAAAGAUACAAGUUCACAAGAAUAUUUGAAUUUAAAAACUGAACUACGUUCAUUAUUAAUUAGUUCACAGCAAGGAUGUGAUGAACACCAAUUAAUGAGAGAUUAUGAUGAAUAUAAUGGACGAAGAAUUCCCUUUCGUGAUAUGGGUUAUACAAGUUUAAUUGAGUUAUUAACAUCAAUGCCUGAUGUUGCACGUAUUGAUCAGACAAGAAGACCUAUCAUUAUACAUGGUGUUGCUGAUCAAAGUACAGUUCAUAUUAAAAAAUUUGUUAUGGCGCAAAAAAGAAAAAAAUCUUCACGAAAUGGUGGACGUGGUGGCAUAAAUAGAAAUAAUAUAAACAAUCGAACAAAUGGACCAUUGAUGGGUUCAAGAAACCGACAGGUGUGUAUUGUUUUU